CCCUCCCACCUCUUCCUCUGGUCUCAGAGCAGAUUUUGUGCACAUUUGCUGCCUUUGACUGAGUGGGUCCAACAUGGCGUCCCAGCAGCUCUGGGUGAAGUUAAUGGGGGUGGCUGUGCUGCUGACACUAACAGCUCUUAGAGAUGCAUCCAGUGACAACCAUUUACUCAAGAUCUUAAAGAAAAGAGAUGUGGCAGAAGCUGGUAGUGCUCCAUCAAAGUCUGCUGUUGCCAUCCCUCCUUCCAAGGCCCAAGAGUUCCUGGCGAAGCUGAGCAGAACCAAGAGGAACCUUUGGGAUCGCAGCCGACCCGACGUCCAGCAGUGGAUUAUGCAGUUUAUGUCCAUGGGCUACGACGAGGCGAGGUUGGAGACUGACCUCCAGUACUGGAUGGACCACGCUCGCUCCAAUGACCCAGGACGGCAGCAUCAUUAUGAUGAAAACUCCCCCAUCGGCCCUCGUGACACCUCUUCUUACAGACACGGCGCCAACGUCAACUACGACUAUUAUUAACUCCAAACACACACACAGUGUGUUGCCAUCACUUGGGAGGAAAUUAAAUUGACUUUCCAAGUAAUGCRAUGUGAUAGUUUUCUUUUUUUACACCUGACAAAGUCUUCACAAGUGUUCCCAUCUUAUUCGUCUUGAUUACACCCACAUGUGUGAACGCCUGUCUAUUUGAAACUGAACUAAUUAAAUCACCUUCAAAUCUA